AUGGUCAAGGCACUCGUCAAGGGCUUUAGCAUGCAGUCCGAGUCUCAUCCGUGGCCUAUGCCUCCCGCCAGCGACAGCACGUGGCCCUCCUCAGCUGGCCCAGCAACUCCUUCAGCGGCGAAGACUUCCCAAAACCCCCAUCUGAAGCGCCCGCGCUCUCCGUCCAACGCCAUGGACUCUGCCCCUCCCACCUUCCCGCCCAUCCCCAAACUCCGCGGCGACAUCAUCCUAGAGGUCUUCACUCACAAGUCUCUUCGCUUCCCGGGAGCACCCACCAACGAGGACUCUGAGUAUGGCGACAACGAACGCCUCUCCGUCUUGGGUGAGAAAGUGCUAGACACUGCCACAACAUAUACUCUCUUCGUGAAGAGGCCCAUGCUCAAGGCAGAGGAAAUCGAGUCACGUAGGGUCGAGGUCCUUUCGGACGCCAAUGUGGAAAGCUGGAUCGUCGAGUACAAGCUAAGAGAGAAAGUGCGAUGCAGCCAGGAUGCCUUGGCAUCGCUCACUACUCCCAAGGAAACUAGGCUGCUAUUUCACUCCUACAUCGGCGCCGUUUUCGUCCAGAACGGAAUGGAGCUGGUUCAGGACUGGAUUGGCCAGCUUAUCGACCCGAAUUACAAAUCUGGAGCCUCAGUGAGCAUGGAAGUUGAUGCUUUCUCUGCUUAUAAGAAGAUCAAGACGGAGUCGAUGGGCUCCCCGACGCCACCUCCCUCGAGCCAUGUACCGCCACCUCCGACGUCCGCCCCGCCGCCACUUCCAGCGAAUCCUCUUUCACCAGCGCAGCCUAUGGCUGCUUUCCUUCCUCUUUUCAAUCAGACUGCAAAUCAACGCAGGCUCACUGUGGAAUACCCGGCACAAUUCUCAGGUCCUGCCCACGCAGGCCGCUGGACAGUUAAGUGCAUGGUUGGUGGUUUCGUCAAAGGCGAAGGUACCGGCGCCAGCAAGCAGCUUGCCAAAGAGGAAGCAGCCCGACAGGCAUACUAUGCCAUGGGGUGGGCCCCGUUUUCUAUCACCGUUAGCGUCUCGUUCAAGUAG